AUGAAUACAAAUGUAGCCGUUCUAUUGUCAAGUAUAACAUCCUUCAUAUUGAUUCUUCAAAGUUUAUUGGGUGAUUUUUCUGUCCCUUCAUUUAUCGAUAUUACUAGUCCUGUUUGUUCAAUACCAUUUUAUUUAUUUUGUUGUUGUUCGACAUCAAUCUAUUAUUCCUAUUGUCUUCAAUCACUUUAUCGUCUAUGUCGUGUUAUAUUCUACAAAUACAAAUAUUUUCAAAAGUAUUCACUGUAUAUUGUUCUUUGCAUUUUAAAAUGGUUAUUUUCAUUUUUAAUUCAAUUACCUCCAUUAUUAUGGAAUUAUAUUAUUUAUUUACCAAAUGAAUUCUAUUGUAUAGCACCUAUGUUCAAUCUAAAAUUUGCUGCUUACGUUUGUUCUAUACUCUAUGGCUUAUCAAUAACAAUUAUUUCAUUGAUUUACGUCUGGAUUAUUUAUUAUAUAAAACAGCAAUCAUCGCAGACAUUAAAAAAUCGUCAAAAUCAACGUGAUCUCAUUAUAAUUAAACGUAUAUUAAUAACACUCGGUAUUUUAAUCAUAUUAGGUAUACCAAUUAUUGUAUUUAUUCUACUUUUUAUUUUAACGAAUUAUUGGCCAUCGUUUGCUUAUCGAUUAAUAUGGAUGACAAUUUCAUUUUCAUUUCUUUUUCUUAAUUUAUCAUUGAUCUAUUUUACAUCACAGUGGAAACAAUCAGUGAAACAAUUAUGGAACAACCGACGACGACAACGAUAUAUCCUAUGUAAUAUGCCAGUUACAUUAAAUCUGAACACUGUGAAACAUAUUUAG